GGGGAAGGAGGGAGCUGCCGGCGCUUCCUGGUCCGCCCGUCAUGUGGCUGUGACGGCAGAGGGACGCACGGCUCACGGCGGGCUCCUCCUCUUCCCCACGCCUGACUGCAGAAACGAAAGCGAAGCCUUCGGCGCAGUGCCCCGACAUGCCCGGCAGCCCCGAAGUCCCCAGGACCCCCGGGUCCCAAGGAGAUGGCCCUGCCGCCCCCAAGGAGCCGGAGGCCGUGCCCGGACCCUCCCAGCGCCCCACUCCCUCUGGGCCGGCGGUGGAGGACGACUUCCAGUUCGUGCUGUGCGAGGGCUGCCGCCAGGAAUCGCCCAACCUGAAGCUGCUCACCUGCCUGCACACGCUGUGCAUGGGCUGCCUGAGCGAGAACAAACCCGUGGGGCAGUGCCCCGUGUGCCAGGCGCCCAUCCCGCAGCCCAACGGCAUCCCCGACACGGACAACGUGCUGUUCUCCAGCCUGCUGGCCCGCCUGCGCGUCUACCGGCGCAUUGUCAGCGGGGCCGAGCUGUUGUGCGACAACUGCAGGAGCGCCAGUGAGUACUGGUGCCCGGAGUGCAAGGAGUUCCUGUGCACCAAGUGCUUUGAGACCCACCAGCGCUACGUCAAGAGGGAGAACCACGAGGCCAAGAGGGUGCAGGACAUCAGGGUGGGAUCGCCGCAGGAGUUCCUUGAGGGCACCAGGAGGGCCGGCAGCUCGUCCUGCUCCAUCCCGACCCACCUGAACCAGAGCCUAAGCAUCUACUGCAAGCAGUGCCGCAAGGCGGUGUGCUGCAUCUGCGCACUGCUGGAUGCCACUCACAGCGGGCAGCACUGCGACGUCAGCAGGGAGGCCCAGCUGCGGCGGGACGAGCUGGUGGCGCUGGGGAAGGAGCUGGAGCAGCAGCGGGGCGGCUUUGAGGCGUUGCACGUGGUGCUGCUGGAGGAGGUGGUGCAGCUGGAGGCGGCGGGGCAGGGGGCGCGGGAGCUGGUGCAGCGGCGCGUGGAGGAGCUGGUGAGUCUGAUCCGGGACAAGGAGGAGGAGCUGCUGGCGCUGGUGGAGGAGCGGCAGAACCGGGGUCGGCGGGAGCUGGAGGGGGAGCUGCGGCGCGUGGAGGCCGUGCUGCGGCGGAUGGAGGCGGGCGAGCGGCUGGUGGAGAAGAUGGGCCUGUACGCCACGGAGCAGGAGGUGAUGGACAUGCAGCCCUUCAUCAAGGACGCGCUGGAGGAGCUGCGGCGGCAGCAGCCGGCGGCGGCCGGGGGGCUGGUGCUGCACGAGGACUUUGCCGAGUGCCGUGCCAGGCUGCAGGUGCUGGCCGUGUGCAUCGAGGGGCUGCGAGGUGGCACUCCUCAGCCAGUCCCCGCGGUGGAGGUGGCCGUGGAGAACAACUUGCAGGAGGAGCCCCCGCAGCACAACAGCCAGGACAUCGAGCCCACCUUCACCAUCAGCCUCGCCGAUGUGGGGGUGAGCACGGUGUCCCAAGCCACCAAGUGGCCCAAGCGGUGCCAGUCCCGCGUGGAGAAGAGCAGCCAGAUCUCACCCAAGCUGCUGAAGCUGGAGCGGGAUGCCGGCGAGCCCAGCUCGAGCCAGUGGGACAGCAGAGGGGAGCCCAGCUUGAGCCAGUGGGACAGCAGAGGGGAGCCCAGCACGUCUGUGCCGAGCCACAACGGCCGCAUCCCCCCCUCCAAGGCCAGCAGGAGCCGCACUCAGGAUGCAGAGGAUGGCAACAUCAUCAUCUGCAUCUCAGAGGACAGCGAGGAGGACACGGUGAUGAGCGUGACAUCGGACUUCACUGCUUGCUGAGCUGCCCUCCCCCCGCCCCAUCUCUCCCUGCCCUGGCAGGCAGCAAACCCGCCUAGAUUUGCCUGGAGGUGGGGGCCCACGUGGCAGCAUCCCCAGGGGCACAGGGACAGCUCUGGACAUAGGGACAGCUCUGGGUAUAGGGAUAGCUCUGGGUUUAGGGACAGCUCUGGGCAUAGGGACGGCUCUGGGCAUAGGGACAACUCGAGCUUGGGCUCUUCUCUGAGAAAGAAUUAAAGGAUUAAAGGAUGUAGGAGCCUGAAACUGUCCGUGGUAUCACCCUCCAACGGGGCUCCCACUGAGAUACAGAGGUGGAGGUAUGGAGGUGGAGAUAUGGGGGCAGAGGAUCCCCACUUUUUAAACUUUUCUUCCUGCUUAAGCUUCAGGCUGCGCUCAGAUAGCACAAACCUCACGCUGCUGCAGGGAGAACUGCUCAAGCCAUCGCCGGUAGCGCUUCUUUCCAUAGGACACCGAUGCUCGAGCCCCUCCGCCGCCCCAUUCUGACAGAGAUUACCACAGAGCUCCCUGGGAAAAUUAUUGCCAGCUAAAAAAAACACACACACACACACACAAAAGAAAAAAAAACCAAAAAAAAACCCCACACUGUUUUCUUAUGAAAUUCUUACCUGCACGCUCAGAUGCUGCAGCCCAGCGGCCAGGCAGAGGCUGUGGGAUGGGAUCGCUGCUGGGAUCGCCCCACGAGCAGCAUCACUGCUGGCUGGCCGAGCAUCCUCCAGCAUUUCGUUUUGUAAGGAACCUCCUCCUCACGCUGAAGUUUCUCUUUUUUUGCUUUUUUUUUUACCCAAUAAAGCUGUUUCCGGAUCAAA